CGUGUCUCUUAUUUGUUGAACAGUGUUCGUCAAGCAAAUCUUCACCAACAUCCAGUGGUGGACCAUUAAUACAAUUUUUUGAAGUUACUGCAAUUGAAGGGCAAAGUUUCCUUUCUCUCUCAACCUUUUAUUUCCUCUCCCUUCUCUCUUAAAUCACCGCCGGUUGAUAUUUGUGUUAGGGUGCCGCCGGCACCUAUGGUGACCGGCGGCAACCCACUUUCCUUUGUUUUCUGUUUUUCCUGUUUUCCAGUUCGUUUCUUGUAAUCUUUGCUUCCUUUUCUUUCUCUUGGAUUGAGUUGUUUCCUUUCCGUUUUUUUUCGAUUUCUUGUCUCUGCUUUCACUUCCCUUUUCGGGUUUCUUUGCUGCCUCUGUGGUCCGUUUCCCUCUUCUUGUGAAGAGGUCCUUUGCCCCCUUUUAUGGGUUGAAGAUUUUGUCCUCCGAUUUGGUUUCCAGAUGUGGAGAUGUUUGUCCGGUUCAAGAUACGAUGGAGGUUGGAUCUGAUAGAUCCGGCUUGUCUUCUCCUCUCCUCUCCUUUGGUCUACCUCCUUGUUUUGCCUUGCAGAUCUUGGCGAUUCGGAGAUGCAGCCAUUGGCGUGGAUCCGGUGGGGAGAGCUUGAGGACAGAUGUAUCCUAACCCUCUGUCUCCUCCGUCGAUCGUCCGGUCGCUGUGUUGGUUCUCUUGCGGUUUGACGGCGGGAGGUUAUGUGGCGUUCGGCUCGUGGUGGGUUGUUCGGAGGUCUUCUCCUCCUCUUCUCGCAUGUCGAGUUCGGUGGGUGUCGAUCUGUGCUUGGCUCAUGGUGGCGUUCCCCGUCGGGGGAGGUGCUCGGUUGGUGCAGGGAUGGUCACCGACCGCGGCGGCUGGAGGAUUCAGAGGGGGCUCAUGUGUUAGGGUUUGGGAAGGGGCCUUCAUGUUUUGGUCCUGGGCUCGGGCCCUAUUGGGUUCUGGGUUUGUCUUUGGGCCUGGUUGGUUGGUUCUUUCUUUUGUUCCUAUUGCAUUGUAGCUUGUACAUUUCCUUCAUGGGCUGAGCCCAGUCGUUAUCUAAUGAACUUACCUUCAAAAAAAAAAAAAAAUCCAGUGGUGGACCCAGAAUUUUCAUCAAGGGUAUUCAAUGAAAAAAUAAAAAAAAUAUAAACAAUAAAUAUUAAAAUUGCAAUAAUAAAACACAACAUAUUUUCCUAUUCUAAAAAGUUUUAAAAGCAUAUUCAUCACUUAUGUUGCAAUUCAAACCUUUUUUAAUGAAUAUCACCAAACAAUCAUUCAUAAAUUGGUCUCACAUCUUAUCCAUCUUAUUUCGAUGAUCAUUUUUUUUUAAUAAUUCCAUUGAUGAAAUGGCCAUCUCAAUGCAUAUGACUGUUGGCGAGAAAAGAGAACAAGAAAGGAAGUCGGAAGGAAGGAUUGGACACCGAAAUUGAGAUGUUUUUACUCUCGAUAAAUUAUAACGGGGAGAAUAUCAAUUUGGGGACUUAUCGAGAAAAAAAGAUCAAUUGUAAUGGGUAACUUGGAGGGUCAAUAAAAGAGUUUUUAUCCUCCCAAAUGCAAAAAAAAAAAAAAAAAAAAACAAUCCAUUAAGAUUCUUAGAUAGAACAAUUAAUAUGGUUUAGGAAUGAAUUUGGGUUCCUGAAUAGGUGUGCUUUGUAUUCUUACAACAAACAGUUCGUAUUUUAACGUAAAGUUCAAUUUGAAAUUGCAAAGCCUAUCAGAUAGGAGAGCCUUAAAAAACUGUAAACAAUAAUAUGAAUUUUAACACACUAAUUGGAUCCCAAUUUCCAUUUUAGGUUUGUCAAUUGACAACCCUCAAGCAUGAAUGGGUACGCUCCUGCCAACAUCACAAUCAUGGCGUUGAAGACAAUUACGACGUGUCUUUGUCGUCCCUUCAAUAGCUAGUGCUGGGGAGAUAGUAUAGCUUCUGCCAACAAAGUUUGAAGCAAGGCAGUCAUGAUCAAAGAAGCGGUCGUCCCCUCCGCGUUCAGCAUCAGUCAAUGUUGAGUCAUUACCAUUCUAACUUUCAAUAUGGGCAUUCACGUCGUUCAUGCUCCAGUUUGAGGGGGGAAUAGAAGGUCAACAUACGUCGGUCAUCAAGAUGACCGAGUCUAUCUAUCCGUCAGGAAGUUCAAGAGACGCAGUCAAUCGUCUCCGUCAGUGAGAUCAAGAGGCCCAGUCAGAGGCGCAGUCAACCGUCUUCGUCACGACGUUCAAUAAGACGCAGUCAAUCGUCUUCAUCAGGUUGUUCAAAGAGAGUCAGUCGUCUCCAAAUCAACCUCGUCCGAGAUGUUAUUCAUCUUGUGUUUUGUUGUACAAGCUUGUCAUGCUUGUUCUUCACAUUUUCCUUUCAAGCUCGACAUUCUUGUCAUUCAUGUCUUCGCUUGAGGGGGAGUGUUGCGGUUAAUAAACCGUGUUAGUCAUGGGCCUCAUUGGGCCUUGUCCGAGUGGUAGUAGGGUACGGAUACUUGGUCGUACUCGACUCUUCUCAUUAGGGUUUUAACCCUAAUCUAUCUCAAUAUAAGACUUAGCUACGAACCUGUCAUAAGCAAGCCGUCACAAUGUAAACCUAAUAAAAGAUUAGUCAUGAGCUCUUCAUAGCUCACCAUGGAUUAGUCUUGUUCACGUUGAACAAGAAUACCACGUAAAAUAUCGUGUCUCUUGUGAUUUUUUUGAAUUCCGCGUCAUCAAAUUCUACACCAAUCCUCUUCCCUUUCUCUGGCAAAACCACCUGUUGCACGAGGGCGACUCCCACCACCGCUGCUUCUCCACUCAGUGUGAAGCAGAGUUGCAGAAAUGAUUAAAGAACAUAUAUGAAGAAGUUGCACUCUGCACUUGCAACACAAGAACGAAAGGAGAAAUGAGUCAUUAUUGGUACAGCUGGGUCGGGCUUCCUUUUACACGAUUCGGCCCAACAGAAGAAGUAGAUAAAUAAACGAAGAACGGCGUU